UUUUUUUCCAGAAAACUAUAAGAAUUUGAAUUUCUUCUCUGUCCAAACAGAAGAACCUUUGUUCUGUUUUUAAUUCAAUUACCUCUUUGUUUUUUCAGUUUUUGUUGUUUUUUCCUCCCAAUAUUUGAAUUUCUUCCAUGGAUUUUCUUGUUCAUCAUACAUCACUCAUUCCAAUAUUAUUCCACAAAUCAUCCUUGAAGCCUCGUUCAUUAAUUUUCUUGCUAUAAUUCAUAUUUUCUCGGGAAUUUUCUUUAUUUUCCCAGAAAGUUUUCGCAUUAACAUUGGAGAUAUACAAAGAACACAAACAUGUUGCAAGACAUGAUCUCGUCUCACUCUCACGAUCAGCUUUCCAUCGAUGAUAUCACGAGCCCUCUUAGUGCUCAGAUCUUCGAUUUCUGCGAUCCACAACUCUUUCAAGAAACCUUUAAUCAAUCCUCUGAAGUCACCUCUACUUCAAACAUUCUUGAGAAAUCCGGAAGCUUCCAUUCCAACACUAACACCACCACAACAACUGAGAACAGUAACAACAACAACAACAACAAGAACACAAACCUUCAAGACGAUGAAGAUGACAACAACAACACGGAUCUGUCCAUAAUCUUUGAUUCACAAGAAGAUUUCGAAAACGAUAUAACGGCUUCAAUCGAUUUCUCAUCAUCUUCACUGCAAUAUCCAGUCAUCGAUCAUCUCCUCACGGCAAUAAGCCAAGACCAGUUUGAUUUCUCAUCAGGUCUCCAAGUUAUUCAUCAGCCUCCUAACAUUUCAUACUCUGGAGAUCCUCUGUCUCUAUCGGCGAUUUCCUCUCUAGCUCCUCCUCCCUUACAAUCAGGGGUUUUCGAAGAAGAUUGUCUUUCUUCAGUCCCAAGUUACAAUCUUGGUUUGAACCCUUCUUGCUCUUUCUUCCGUUCGUCCGGUUUACCGGCGUAUAUGAGUACCGGUUUAUUAUCUGCUGAAAGUAAUCUCGGUUAUCUUCCCGGGAAUAUUCAUGUGGGAUCAGAAAUCAAUAAGCCACAUGAUCCACUGAUGGACUUUCAAGCUGAUAAUGGUGGUUUUUUUUGUCCGGAUUCCAUCAAACGUAUGUUUAAUCCAGAAGAUCUCCAGGCACUUGGUGGUGGCGCCGAGAACCAGAGCCACUUGGUGACACCUCAAGCUCAUCCAGCAUUAGGACCGGUCGAUAUAAACGGUUUAGAAGACUCAACGUUGAACAAAGUUGGAAAACUCUCCCCUGAGCAAAGGAAAGAGAAGAUUCGUAGGUACAUGAAGAAGAGGAACGAAAGGAAUUUCAACAAGAAAAUCAAGGUUCGGUUUUUAUUAAACCAAACCGGACUUAACCGUUGUUAAAUGUUGUCCCAAUGAUUUUUUUGGGGGGUUGUAGUAUGCGUGUAGGAAAACAUUGGCAGAUAGUCGACCAAGAGUUAGAGGAAGAUUUGCAAAGAAUGAUGAAUUUGGUGAGCCAAAUAGACAAGCUUUUUCAAGCCAUCAUGAUGAUGAAGAUGAAGACGAUAUGGGAGUGAAGGAUGAGGAACAAUUGGUAGAUUCUUCAGACAUUUUUGCACACAUUAGUGGAGCAAAUUCCUUCAAGUGCAACUACCCAAUCCAAUCUUGGAUUUGAGUUCCAAGUGCAACACCACAUAUACCUCAUGUUUUAACAUGAAUCUUAUAAUAGUUACACAAAUAGUAUUGCUAUAGAGUUAUGACUUGUAUACUUAGUUUUGUCAUGCCCCCAACAAGUUCUGUGACUUCUGUCAAAAAAAUAAAUAAUCUAACUCGUAUUGAAAAUAAAUAAUGAAUAAUGGGUUUAGGCAGGUUUGGAUGAAUAAAUCAGUAGUGAGAAUAAGGUUGUAAUUAUGUUACCUAGCAAUUUGGAAAUUUUGUAGAUACUAUGAUAUGUGAUGUCUUGUAUUUGAUAAGUUGAGUUGAAUUUUUUAUCACCUGAACACUCUAUAUAUAU